AUGCGGCCAAGUGGUGCCAACGAUGCGGAUGUUAUUGUGCGUGCCUUGGAAGAAUAUAAACAAAAACAUGGUCGAGAAAAAUUUGGCUACGAACAUGUUUGGGCCAUUGUGAAAGAUCUUCCAAGUUGGCAACCCCAAUAUCCCGCUAAUCAAACUUCAACUGGGAGUGUAGCAGGUACGGCAAGUGGAAGCGAAGAAGUUUUCCCUAGACCAAUAGGGAGAAAAGCAGCGAAACGAAAAUCCAAAGAACGCUACUCCAACGAUGAUCAUGUUGAAAGUGAAUAUGGACCAUUUGAAAAUCUAGACGAAAUGUUGGAAAAAUAUCGACAAAUAAGAAAGGAAAGCGAUGGUAAGAAAUUGGAAAGCGAUGAAAGGAAAAUGGAGAUGAAAGAAUAUAAAAUAUUAAUGAAAGAUACGUCAAACAUGACGGAACAACAACUUGCGAACCACUUGGAAUAUUGUAACGAUAUUAGGCGACGCCGGCAAAAUGCAAAACGGUCAUAG